UAUGGGGGACUGGAAUUUGCUGGGCAGCAUCCUAGAGGAAGUACACAUCCAUUCCACCAUAGUGGGCAAAAUUUGGCUCACUAUCCUUUUCAUAUUUCGGAUGUUGGUCCUAGGUGUAGCAGCUGAGGAUGUCUGGGAUGAUGAACAAGCAGAGUUUAUUUGCAACACAGAGCAACCUGGCUGCAGCAAUAUCUGUUACGACAAAGCUUUCCCUAUUUCUCUUAUCCGAUUUUGGGUGCUACAGGUCAUCUUUGUCUCAUCCCCUUCUCUAGUUUACAUGGGUCAUGCACUUUACAGACUUCGGGCUCUGGAAAAAGAGCGGCAAAGGAAGAAAAUCUGCCUCAGAGCCCAAUUAGAAGAAUUCGAGCCUAUUUUGGAAGAACACCGAAGAAUAGAGAAGGAGCUGAGGAAGUUAGAAGAUCAAAAGAAAGUGAACAAGGCACCUUUGCGAGGAGCUUUGCUGCGGACCUAUAUCCUGCAUAUCUUGACCCGGUCAGUAUUAGAAGUAGGCUUUAUGAUAGGCCAGUAUCUUUUAUAUGGGUUUCAAAUGUAUCCACUUUAUAAAUGCACUCGCCCACCCUGUCCAAACACUGUGGAUUGUUUUGUAUCCAGACCCACAGAGAAGUCAGUUUUCAUGGUUUUCAUGAACAGUAUUGCAGCAGUUUCUUUGUUCCUGAAUAUCCUGGAGAUUGUACAUUUGGGAAUUAAGAAGAUUAAAAAUACUCUUUGUGGGAAACCCAAGAAGGAGCUUGUAGCUGCUGAUGAGGAUGCCAAUCUUUCCAAUUCCAAGAAAAAUUCAGUGGCACAGCAGGUUUGCAUUAUGGCUAAUUCAUCUCCCCAAGGCAGUUUUACUUUCAUGCCUGAGCAGCCGGUUGGUCUGCCACUAUACAUGCCCAUGGAAGAAGGAUACACACAUACUGAACAGAACCAGAACCCAGUAAAUGUGGACAUGGAGGAACAAUGGUGCAGCAACCAGAGAAGCAGGUCAAAUCAGAACCAAGGCCAGCUGCAUCACCUCUACAGACAUCUGGAACACCCAAACGAGAGUGAUCAGCAUCACAGACAGUCCCACAGGUACCUCCCAAACAUCAUGAGCCAGCGACAUGAUGAUUAUCAGCAUCAGAAUGCUUCUUCUAGCAGCGAGGACAUUCAGAAGCCAUCGCUGCAGAGCACGAACAGCUAUCGAAAGAAUGAACAAUAUGUUCUGGAACAGUUCAAGAACCCUCAACAGUCUACCAAGGUUUCUAUUAACUCCAGUCAUAUGGAGAGCCCUCAAGCAGUUCUUCGGAAGCCCAGUCGAGUAGUCAGCUGUAAGGACUUGGGAGAGGAUCGUUGUGACUCUCCAGACAGUGGGCUGUAUCAAAACAACCGCAAAUCCAGCUUUCUGUCCAGGGUGCUAUCAGAGAGCCAGCUGGACACUGACUCAGAGACUUCAGAGUCGAAGAAUGGCUCUGACUCAGAAGCAAAACGAAGAAAUGACAGCAGUCCUUCCAUCACUCCACCACCUCCUUCUGUAAUGGGACGCAGAAUGUCAAUGGCAAGUAGACCAAAGCGGCAUUCCUUCUAUAUCCUGCUAGUAAUGUGCUACUAGAACUAUCAUCUAUCAUGAAAAAAUAACACCGGUUUGGCAGCAAUAUCAAAACAAAGAUCCCUCCUUCACCUCUUCACAAUCUUCAACAUGAAGAGCACUUCUCUCCCCUUCCUUCUAAACCUUAACAGGUCUACAACUCAAGGAUUUGUUUCCAGGAUUUGCAGCAAUGCAUCUUGAUUCAAAAACCUGGCUUCCAAGUACAACAUGUGUUAACUACGGUGAGCCAGUGUGAGUGUGCAGCUGCCACAAAACGUCUUUCUGUGUAACCAAGAAAUGACUAUGGGGAAUUUAUUUUGAUUUGUAGGACUGCCGUGUUGCUAUCCUGUAAAAAACUGCUACACAUUUUCAAUAAUACAUUACGAUAUCUCUGUAAUGAUGGGUUUGUCAAACAAGACUGUUUUGUGAAAGGUUCUGCUCCUUGCCCACCUCCACGCAUCCUGGGAAUCAAUGAAUAAAAUAUGAAAAAUGCAUGCAGGGGCUUUAUGAGUCAAUUAUGCAUGUUUGACCAAAAAAGAAAGAAAGUCAGAAUUCAUCUCCGGAAUAUGCAGCUGCCCUAUCAAAUCCUUGUCACAGUGAAUUCUGUGCUGUUUCCACAUCAGGUUGCCGAUGUGAUUCGGUAUGAAAUUGCCGCUACAGAGGAGAUUUUACAUCGCCCAGCUCUCCGUUUUUAGAGGUGGUUUUCCUUUUAUAUCAUCAUAAAAAAAUCCUCCAUGUGAUUGCAGACACUUGGGUGAUGUCACAACGUUUACUAGAUAGACUUUAUUCAAGAGGUGGUUUACCAUUACCAUCCCCAGUAAUCUAUACUUUACUCCCAGAAAACUGGGUACUCAUUUUACUAAUGUAGGAAGGAUGGAAGACUGAGUUAAACUUGAAUUGGUUACUUGAAACUGACUUCCGUUAGGAUCGAAGUCAGGUGGUGAGCAGAGCUUUAACUGCAGUACUGCAGCUUACCACUCUGCGCCACAGGGCUCCUUAAAAGGACGAGCUAUGAUGUUUCUCUUCUGUUUUUUAAAAAAUGAGCAUGAAUAAUGUUAAAUAAGACUAACACAGUACCUUUUUGCAGAGCUGCUGCUGAUUCCCCUCCCCUCUGUCCAAAAGGCAGGCAUUUCUCUUGUUAUGUAAAUUUUUGCCAGCGACUGCCCCUUACAGUCAUCAAAAAAUGAAAAGACUGGCUCUUCACCAAAUUCCUGCAAUUGUGAUGUUUCCUCUUCAGACAUAAGAUAACUGCUCUGUGCCAAUGAUAUUCUGUCCCAGAAAUACAGUAGUUGCUGUUUUUGCCACCAAAUCAAAACUGAAUUAUGGAAGCCCUGUAGGUUUUUAAGGCAAGAGAUGUUCAGAGGUGGUUUGCCAUUGCAUGACUCUGUACCAGGACCCAGCUUUUACUCGGAGGUUUUCUAACCAAAUACUAACCAAGGCUGACCUGGCUUAACUUUUGAGAUCUGAGAAGAUCAGGCUAGCCUACGGCUAUCAGGUUUUUAAUUAAGUUUUUUUGUGUGUGGAAAGAACAGUCCAUUAACAGUUUGUGCACAAAAUGUAUGACCGUGUCAUGGGGAAAUAUGAAAAACAAUAACAUUCCAGUUGGGUGGCUGAAAUGUGAGAAAUCCUUAUGUGGGAGCAGUCCUAGGGUCUUUAAGAAUUUGACGGCCUGAGGUUACCUUAUUUGCCUGUUCCUUGAAACAUUAAUAAACAUGUGCUUUUAAAAGUG